AUGCCUCAUGGUCUCCAGCUGUUUUCCUACAUCCUCUCUGCGGAAGUAAUGUCGAGUCGGAAGGGCUCAACUGAGAGUGAGAUCGCUGCGGCUCGAGCCCGAACCAAGUCGAUUCGCGAGAGAUUAGCAGCACGAAGGCGGAAGCGGAAUGAUUUGAUCGCUGCAGCCACACAAAAUGCGCUUCCACUAAAGAACCCUGACAUUUCUGUUGUUGCAGCAUUGUCAACAUCUGGAAAGCCGUCUAAGACCUUGGUGUCUUCAACCACCCAAUUGGCGUCCGAAAGUGUAAUCGAUGCAUCAUCCUCAGUCAAAGGGGCUGAACACUUGAUGUGUGGACAAAAAUGCGUCCCUGAUGUUGGGGAUGUACCGAUUGAAGAAGAAAGUUGUGUCAGCUCGGAUGAGCCUCCCUCGAAAGCACUCGAAGUGGGUCCUGAUACUGAUCCAACCGAUCUUGAAAUCCUCCUGUCAGCUCUUACCGCGAAGGAACGCGAGGUUAAACGUGAAAAGAUUCUUGAUAAGAAGUUUCGAUCUUGUGACGGCAGCCAAGUCCAGCUCUUUUGUGUGCAUGGUACACGUGUCGAGUGCCAGCAGGGUACUGAAGACAAGGAAUGCACAAAACUGCACUUUAAGAAGAUUAUUCAAGCCCAUACUGAUGAAUGUCUGGGUGAUUGCUCGUUCCUCAACACAUGCUUUCACGUUGAUACUUGCAAAUUUGUGCACUACGAAAUUGAUGCAGCCGAUCCAACAACAGCAGAGGCCAGAGAAGCUGCAGGCGCUUAUAACCGAGGUCAACUUCGGCCGGAUAGUUUGGACAAAGGAAAAGGCGAUUUGGCUGUGGAAAAGACGGCACCUGCAACCGCGCGCGUUCCCUUGUACCCUCCACAGUGCGAUAUCAGGCCGUUCGACAUGACCAUUCUUGGCAAAUUCGCCGUGAUAAUGGCCGAUCCACCGUGGGGCAUUCAUAUGGAACUGCCAUAUAGCACAAUAUCGGAUGAUGAGAUGCGGAGAAUGGACAUUCCCUGUCUCCAAGACGACGGGUAUAUGUUUCUCUGCGUCACUGGGCGCGCCAGGGAACUGGGCCGGGAGUGCCUCAGACUCUGGGGCUACGAGCGCGUGGACAAGGUGAUGUGGGUGAAGACUAACCAGCUGCAGUGCCUUAGGUGCACAGGCCGUACUGGGCACUGGGUGAACCACGGAAAGGAGCACUGUGUGGUGGGCGAGAAGGGCUCACCGCGCUGCAUGAAUCGUGGGCUGGACAGCGAUGUGAUUGUGUUGGAGGUGCGCGAAACCAGUCGCAAACCCGAUAAGAUCCACGGCCUCAUUGAGCGCCUCUCAUCGGGUACUCGCAAACUUGAGCUAUUUGGACGACCGCACAAACUGCAGGCCAACUGGGUGACCGUAGGGAAUCAGUUGGACGGCACGUAUCUCGUUGAUGCUGAAGCUGUGGAGCGUUAUCGCAGGCGCUAUCCGAACGGGAUUGACAAAAAGGGUGAUGCCUUGUAG